CUGGUUUAAUCUUAUGUGAAUUUGGUGCUUAUUUUAUUUUGGGCGAUAAUGGAAGAAGGUUUGUUACAGAAGGCAAAUGAAGAAGCAGAUGGAGAAACGAAAAUCUUAACAUCGGGUGCAUUUGUGGAAGAGGCAAAGAAAGUGGGUUAUAUUGCAGGGCCUAUGGUGGCUGUAAGCUUCUCUCUGCAGCUCAUUCCAGUCAUCUCUAUGAUGAUGGUGGGUCACCUUGGUGAACUUGCUCUCUCUAGCACUGCUAUGGCUACCUCUCUUUGUGCUGUUACUGGUUUCAGUCUUCUUGUAGGUAUGGCAGGAGGACUAGAAACUCUAUGUGGACAAGCUUAUGGAGCACAACAAUAUAGAAAACUUGGAGUUCAUACUUAUAGUGCAAUGAUCUCUCUUACCUUAGUCUGUAUUCCUAUUUCUUUUGUAUGGAUUUCAAUGGAAAAACUGCUGAUUUUUAUAGGACAAGACCCCUUAAUCUCACAAGAAGCGGGGAGAUAUGCGGUAUGUUUGAUCCCAGGGCUUUUCGGUUGCGCAAUUGUCCAGCCGUUGAUGAAAUAUCUGCAGGCUCAAAGUUUGGUUAUUCCCAUGCUAUUAAGUGCUAUUACUACUUUGUGUUUUCAUAUUCCUCUUUGUUGGGUUUUUGUAUUUAAAUUCGGGUUUGGAAACACUGGAGCUGCAUUUGCAAUUGGUAUAUCAUACUGGCUCAAUGUUAUUUUUCUCGGAAUAUAUGUCAAGUUUUCUCCCUUGUGCAAAUCAACUCGAGUGCCCUUAUCAAAGGAGGCACUUCAAGGAAUUGGAAAGUUUUUAAGCCUUGCAGUUCCUUCUGCCAUAAUGCUUUGUCUUCAGUGGUGGUCGUUCGAAAUUAUGAUUUUAUUAUCCGGCCUUCUACCUAAUCCUAAACUUGAAACUUCGGUGCUCUCUAUAUGUCUCCUAACUAUCUCACUGAUUUCCAAGAUACCAUUUGGAAUUGCUGCUGCUGCAAGCACGCGAGUUUCAAACGAAUUAGGUGCUGGGAGACCACAAGCUGCACGUUUAACAGUCUUCAGCGUUAUCAUUAUAGCAGGAACUGAGAUGGUUAUAGUAAGCUGGGCACUUUUUGUGUGUCGUCACAUUGUGGGAUAUGCUUACAGUAAUGAAGAGGGAGUGAUAGACUCCAUUACAUCAAUGGUUCCGUUAAUCUGUUUCUCGGCCUUCUUAGACGGCUUACAAAUUGUCCUCACGGGUAUUGCCAGGGGAUGUGGAUGGCAGCAUGUAGGUGCUUAUGUAAACCUAGGUUCAUUUUACAUUGGUGGAAUUUCAAUAGCUCUUUUGUUGGGUUUUUUUCUGCAUUUAAGAGGAAGAGGUCUUUGGCUUGGAAUCAUGGCCGGUGCUGUUAUACAAACCGCUAUACUUUCAGUUAUUACAACUCGAACGAACUGGGAGAAACAGGCUAAGAUAGCAAGGGAAAGGAUAUUUCAGUAGGAGAUUUUGUUUUAAGUAGAAAAUGGACUGAAACGAGAUUCUGGAACAAUUAUUAUUGACCAUGAUUAACACGACAAAAUGUGAGAAAUGUUUGCCUUGUGUGUCGGCGGUGACCGAUACAUGACGGAGGAAAUGUUUGGCCUGUAUUUAUAUGCAACACCUUUAUUUAUUUUCUUG